GCCGGUUCCGGCUGAAUGUCAGUGCGGGGCUGUGGGCGGGGGAGGAAGGUGCUUGCCGGUCUCUCCGCCGCCCCCGCCUCUGCCGCUGGGCUUGAGAUGUUGCCCCGGACGCCUGGCCGCUGGGCGGAUCGGACAUGAAAACCUGAGGCGGGCGGCGGGGCUGGGCUGCGGACAUGUUCGGCCGCUCGCGGAGCUGGGUGGGCGGGGGCCACGGCAAGUCCUCCCGCAACAUCCACUCCUUGGACCACCUGAAGUACCUGUACCAUGUUUUAACCAAAAACACCACCGUCACAGAACAGAACCGGAACCUGCUGGUGGAAACCAUCCGUUCUAUCACUGAGAUCCUGAUUUGGGGUGAUCAAAAUGACAGCUCUGUAUUCGAUUUCUUCCUGGAGAAGAAUAUGUUUGUUUUCUUCUUGAACAUUCUGCGGCAGAAAUCAGGCCGUUAUGUGUGUGUCCAGCUACUACAGACCUUGAACAUCCUCUUUGAGAACAUCAGCCAUGAGACGUCGCUCUAUUAUUUGCUGUCUAAUAACUAUGUAAAUUCGAUCAUUGUCCAUAAAUUUGACUUUUCCGAUGAGGAGAUCAUGGCAUAUUACAUAUCGUUCCUGAAAACACUUUCGUUAAAGCUCAAUAACCACACUGUCCAUUUCUUCUACAAUGAGCACACCAAUGACUUUGCCCUGUACACAGAAGCCAUCAAGUUCUUCAAUCACCCCGAGAGCAUGGUUCGAAUUGCUGUAAGAACCAUCACCUUGAACGUCUACAAAGUGGAUAACCAGGCCAUGCUGCACUACAUCCGAGACAAAACCGCUGUCCCAUACUUCUCCAAUUUGGUCUGGUUCAUUGGGAGCCACGUGAUCGAACUUGACAACUGUGUGCAGACCGAUGAGGAGCACCGGAAUCGGGGAAAACUGAGUGACCUGGUGGCUGAGCACCUGGACCACCUGCACUAUCUCAAUGACAUCCUGAUCAUCAACUGUGAGUUCCUCAACGAUGUGCUCACAGACCACCUGCUCAACAGGCUCUUCCUGCCCCUCUAUGUGUACUCUCUGGAGAAUCCGGACAAGGGAGGAGAGCGCCCAAAGAUCAGCCUGCCGGUGUCCCUCUAUCUUCUCUCCCAGGUCUUCCUCAUUAUCCAUCAUGCCCCUCUGGUGAACUCUCUGGCUGAAGUCAUUCUGAAUGGCGAUCUAUCUGAGACAUACACAAAGCCUACGCAGGAUGUUCCCAGAAGUUCUGCCAAGCCCAGCAUCCGGUGCUUCAUUAAGCCCACUGAGACACUUGAGCGGUCCCUUGAGAUGAACAAACACAAGGGCAAGAAGCGGAUGCAAAAGAGACCCAACUACAAAAACGUUGGGGAGGAGGAGGACGAGGAGAGAGGGCCCGCAGAAGAUGCCCAGGAAGACGCUGAGAAGGCUAAAGGUACAGAGGGUGGUUCAAAAAGCAUGAAGACAAGUGGGGAGCGUGAAGAGAUUGAGAUGGUGAUCAUGGAGCGCAGCAAGCUCUCAGAGCUGGCCACUGCUGGGGCCUCAGUGCGGGAGCAGAACACCACGGACGAGGAAAAGAGUGCUGCCACAGGCUCAGAGAACACGCAGUGGAGCAGGCCCUUCCUGGAUAUGGUAUACCAUGCCCUGGACAGCCCUGAUGAUGAUUACCAUGCCCUCUUCGUGCUCUGCCUCCUCUACGCCAUGUCUCAUAACAAAGGCAUGGAUCCUGAAAAACUGGAGCGAAUCCAGCUCCCAGUGCCAAGUGCAGUUGAGAAAACCACCUACAACCAUCUGCUAGCUGAGAGACUCAUCAGAAUCAUGAACAAUGCUGCCCAACCAGAUGGCAGGAUUCGGUUGGCCACACUGGAGCUGAGCUGCCUGCUCCUGAAGCAGCAAGUACUGACCAGCUCCGGCUGUGUCAUCAAGGAUGUGCAUCUGGCCUGUCUGGAGGGUGCAAGAGAAGAGAGUGUCCACCUUGUACGGCAUUUCUAUAAGGGAGAAGAGAUAUUUUUGGACAUGUUUGAGGAUGAGUACAGGAGCAUGACAAUAAAGCCCAUGAAUGUGGAAUAUCUCAUGAUGGAUGCUUCUAUCCUCCUGCCCCCAACGGGCACUCCACUGACUGGCAUUGAUUUUGUGAAGCGGCUGCCAUGUGGUGACGUGGAGAAGACGCGGCGGGCCAUCCGGGUAUUCUUCAUGCUGCGUUCCCUGUCACUGCAGCUGCGUGGGGAACCUGAGACCCAAUUGCCACUGACUCGGGAAGAGGACCUGAUCAAAACAGAUGAUGUCUUGGAUCUGAAUAACAGCGACCUGAUCGCAUGCACAGUCAUCACCAAGGACGGUGGCAUGGUUCAGCGCUUCCUGGCUGUGGAUAUUUACCAAAUGAGCCUGGUAGAGCCUGAUGUGUCCAGACUCGGCUGGGGAGUGGUCAAGUUUGCAGGCCUUCUGCAGGACAUGCAGGUGACAGGAGUGGAGGAUGACAGCCGUGCCCUGAAUAUCACUAUCCACAAGCCUGCCUCCAGCCCACACUCUAAGCCCUUCCCCAUCCUGCAGGCCACCUUUGUGUUCUCUGAUCAUAUCCGUUGCAUCAUCGCCAAACAGCGCCUGGCCAAGGGCCGCAUCCAGGCCAGACGGAUGAAGAUGCAGAGGAUAGCUGCCCUUCUGGACCUCCCGAUCCAGCCUACAACUGAAGUCCUGGGAUUUGGACUUGGCUCCUCCUCCUCCCAGCACCUGCCUUUCCGUUUCUAUGACCAGUGCCGCCGAGGCAGCAGUGACCCCACAGUGCAGCGCUCUGUGUUUGCAUCCGUAGACAAGGUGCCAGGCUUUGCUGUGGCCCAGUGCAUAAACCAGCAUAGCUCACCAUCCCUGUCUUCACCAUCACCACCAUUUGCCAGUGAGAGCCCCGGCGGCAGUGGGAGCACCAGCCACUGUGACUCAGGGGGCUCUUCCUCCACACCCUCGGCAACCCAGAGCCCAGCAGAUGCCCCCACAACUCCAGAACAGCCUCAGCCUCACCUUCUAGUCCAGUCGGUGAUUGUGAAUGAAAUGGAUGUCAACUCCAAGCCCAGCAAGAACUUGGCCAGGAACUCUGAGGUGGAGACCAUGCACCUGUCCCCCAGCCUCCUCCCUGCCCAGCAGCCCACCAUCUCCUUGCUCUAUGAGGACUCUGCUGACACACUGAGCGUUGAGUCGCUGACCCUUGUGCCCCCAGUCGAUCCUCACAGCCUCCGAGCCCUCACUGGCAUCCCCCAGCUUCCUGCACUGGCCACAGCAGGCCCAGAGACCCCAAAUGAGGACACUGUAUACCCAGAGCCUGCGAGCCCCACAGAGCACUGAGUGGGCACCCAGGGAUCUCCCUUUGUGUGUGCAGCCUGCUGGUAGGGACCCCAGUGUAGUUUUUGACAGCAAGACACAUCGGGAGCACCCACAGUUCUCCAUGGCCUUGGAAGCUGUCCCUGAUACCUCUUCCUGCAAGACAGCCAUGGACCACUGGAGUUUCUCAUUUGCUCUGACCUCCUCCUGAGCAGGCUAGGAUCCCAGAGACAGCCUUCUGUGUACAGGUGAUGGCACUGGCCGCCCAGAGGGGUCCCGACAGCCCCGGGUGGCACCCUCCUUCAGGCAGCUCCCUUGUUUUCUCUCCCCAUGUGCACAGAAGUGGACAAGGUUACUUUGGGUAGAACUCUGUAGAGAAGCACCUAGAUAAAUAUCUCUUUCAGGCUAUUUAUUUCUGGUUUUGGCAACAAGUGAAGAGAUUUAUUUAAAAAGUACUAUUUGCGGGGGGGGGGGGAGCAAAAAGAAAAAGUCCUCAACCAUGAGGCUCCAAGUCACAUUAGAAGUACCAGCUGUUAAGGUUCCCCUUCUGUAGAACUUUGCUGUGUAUUUAUUCUGAAGUUGUGGGUGUCACUUCCUCUGUUUCCCUGAGUGAUUCUUGUUUCUCUGUCCCAAAUUCUACAAGCCUGUGGGAUAAUAAUAUCUCUCCCUGAGACAUUCAAAUACUUCUGAACAAGAAGAACUAUGGCCAUAUGGAGUGAGAAAGCCCGCUUUUGUGCUGUGAUCUAGGUGGCAUCUGCCCUGCUCAGGAUACCACACAGGCACAGCCUGCAGCAGGCUUACUACCUUCUCUCUUCAUCAAGAAAGACCACUGAGACCAAGGAGGCCCUAGCCCAAGUGGCCAUGACGGGAGUCAUCCUCAGAUGUAACUAGCUUCCCAAUAUGCAUAUGGAUGCCCAACCAGGGGCCCAGCUGCAAAUCAGGUGACCCAAAAGCAGACUUUUCCCUUCCCUGUCCAUUGCUGCCUCUAGCACAGAGCUUGUUUCAGUAUGCAAAUCCCAUACUUGUCGGUAUGUGCCAGCAAAAUCCAGAUCUGUCCUAUCAGCCCCCAGCUUUCCUUUGCAUGCCGUCAGCCAGAUCACCACUCAUGGCUCCAUGGCAAGGCUUUCUGUGUCUUUCCUGCCAGUACGGCCUCAUCCAGUGUCACUAUCUACCAAAGGCUAACCACGAGGGUACCCUGGGGAGGCCUGUCACUAUCUACCCAUCAGAAGUCCUUGCCAUCUCUGGUCAGCCCACUUCCCUGCAGCCCCAGUGCUCCCCAGGAGGGGAGUGGUGCCCAUGUGGACUGACCUCUCUGGUCUUUAAAAGCACUUCUGCCUAGAGGCAGAAGCUCCAAAGGCAGUGGCAAGAAAGGAUGUACCGAGCCCCUGGAAAGGGAGGAGAGUGAUGGCCACUGAAAGAAGGGUUCUCCCAGCCUCCACAACCAACCCUGGGUAUUUCUUGAUCAUCUGCAGGAAGGGGUAGUCAGAGGAGCAGGCACUUUGGAUUUUGAAAUGGCAGUUGCGAGGGCAGCAUAAAUGUUGUAAAAUGCAGUGUGGCCAGAGAGAAAUGCCUGCAGCCACCCUUAACCCACCCGUGCAGGUGGGCCCCACCCCUUGGGACUAGCCUCUUCUCUGCAAUCAAGAGGUUUCAAGGAAGGGAAAAGAAGCAAGGUGGUGAGCAAACUCCUAAAGAGCAGCUGCUAUGGAGUAUUCAUCAAGGACAAGCCUGUCCUCCAUAUCUUGUAAGAUUGGUUCCAAAGGCUUCCUGCAGCCAGGCACCCAGGGGUACCUCCAAGUGCGCAAAAGUGAACUUCCUGUGCACAGAGUCCUUGGCCCUUUGCUAAUGAGGGGGUCCUGGAGGAAGGAGCUGGCCAGGACGCUUCCUCACUAGGUCUUGAUGGCAGUGGGCACAAUCCAGUCCUCUGGAACACCUUACUAUCUUGGCAGCUGCUCUCCAGGCAGACCCAGUCAGAGAGAACAUACUGGGUCUCCCAUGGUCAGCAGUGGGAGGUAGAACUGAGGGAUAUCAGGUCUAAAAGGUCACGCAACUUCUGACUUGGAGGUCCCAGAAUCAGCCUUCAGAACCGUUAGUCCCAUCUCCAAGGGCAUGCAUGCCCUCCCUGCCCUGGUCUCUCUCCCUUCUGCCACUACCCUGGGGCAGACUAGCAGAGCUGUCCACAUAAGCCCCACAUCUCAAUUUUGACCAUCACCGUAGAGAAUAGAGCACUGCCCCUCCUAUUUGGAGGCAUGGGCAGGCGGGAUACUUCCCACAGGUCAGACUCAGGUGUAGUGGUGAGCUUUCUGUAUGGUGGAGGUGGUGGAAGAGGCUUGCAGAGCUGACCCAGCCUAGCCACCCACCCACACACUUGGAUUGCCAGGGCCGGAUGACUACAUCCUUCCUAGGACAACACUGGCUUUCUCUGUGGCUCCAAAGUGCACAGUUGUAAAUAAGGCACGGGUAAGCCAGGUCUGGUCUUUUGUAGAUGCAAUAAAUAUAUUUCAUGCAGUAACAAUGGGUAGAAGGUUAAAUGCUUCCUCCCUCAGAGCUGAAGCUGUAAGGGGCAGUGGCAGAGGGGGACAGGGCUGGGAAGCUCUGGCCAGGGAAGUGCCUGCUUCUGCCAACAGGAUUUAGGCUUUGUGGGGACUAAACCCGAGGGGGACAUGGAAGCUAGAACUUCCUUGUAAGUUGGAACUUGGCAAUAAAAAGCAAAACCAAUGGUCCAGAAUUGUGUCCCGCUGCUCCUUGGCACCAUGGCAGGAGGCUGUGCCCGUCA